AUGUCCGGUCGCGGUAAAGGAGGCAAAGUCAAGGGGAAGGCAAAGUCACGUCAGUCCAACCGUGCCGGUCUUCAGUUUCCCGUCGGACGUAUACACAGACUACUGAGGAAGGGUAACUACGCGGAGCGCGUCGGUGCCGGUGCACCGGUAUACCUCGCGGCCGUCAUGGAAUACCUCGCCGCCGAAGUUCUCGAGUUGGCCGGCAACGCUGCCCGCGACAACAAGAAGACUAGGAUUAUACCGAGACAUCUUCAGUUGGCGAUCCGUAACGACGAGGAGCUGAACAAGUUACUCUCGGGCGUGACGAUCGCACAAGGCGGCGUCCUCCCCAACAUCCAAGCCGUUCUGCUGCCCAAGAAGAUCGAGAAGAAGGCAUAAACUGA